CUUUCUUUCUCUCUGCUUCAUAACCACAAUGCAAAACCCAACCCAAAAGCCUUUGUUUUUUUCUCUCUCUCUCUCCUUCUUCUUAAACCUUUCUUUCUCUACAUUUUUUAUGCCUUGCCCUUGAGUGUUUGUUUUGUGCUUUCUUUCCCUUCUUUUGUCUGGACAGAAUUGCCCCUGCUGGAAGCUGAAAAUUACUGAAGGCUUUUGCUGUUGCAACUUUCUGCAAGCAAAAUGAGAUGCGGAAUUUGGGGAAUUUUUUGAGCUCCUAGGUGCUUGAAUUUGGAAGAAAUUUUUAAGGCUGAUCUUGGUUGAAGUGCUGUUGCUUGAACUGAAAUGAAUUGAAUUGAACAACCCCCUCUCUUCGGAGCUCCGUUAUCGAUCGAGUUUUUCUUGUGUGGAAAAUGAUUCUGACAAAGCAAUAUAGGUGUGUACACUCAGCUAGUUGUCAAUGCAUCAAGGGGCAUUUAAGUGAAGAUGUGUUAUUCUUGGUUUUUCAUCGUUUGAAUUGGAACCCCAAGCUAAUUGCCACUCUGUCAUGUGUGUGCAAAUGGUUUGAUGAUCUUGCGAAGCGAGUACUAUGGAAGGAGUUUUGUCGAACAAGAGCUCCUAAGAUGAUGCUUGAUCUGCAAUCAAGCGGAAGCCAUAGUAUUGAUGGAAACUGGAGGCCCCUAGGGAAGCUGCUUACGUACUGUUCCGGAUGCAAGAGAGGUGGUUUGUUCAAAAACAUUCAGAUCCCCGGUCACUUUGUAUAUCGGACUAGGUUUUCUAGAACAUCAGGAAAGAGCUUUCUUUUACCACAGUGCAGAAAUGAUGUUUUAUAUGUGUCUGAUCCUUGCGAACAUCUUGACCAAGGUGAAGAAGGGGAUUUAGGAUUCUUCCGUGGAAUUUUCAAGUCUUUUGCGACCUCGAAUGUAAGGAGGAUGCUUAAUAACAAGGGUGCCAGGCUCCAUCCAACAGAGUUUUGCCCCUAUUGUAAGGCAAAGUUGUGGAGCAUGCUGCAGGCUAACAUGAUCCCGCAAAGUGCUAGUUGCAGGUUGGGUUCAUAUGAAGAUUGCAUCGAGUAUUAUGUUUGCCUUAAUGGGCACAUGCUUGGGAUCUGCACCCUGUUACCAUUAUCUGAAUCAGAAGAGGCAUCUGAGAAGGACUAAGAUUGUAAUGAUUCUCAGAUUGGCAUUCCCUGUUCACAUGAUGUACUGGUUUGAACGCACUUCUGGAAUACUCAUCGGGUAAAAAUUUCUGGUCAAAUAUGCCAUUAUAUGAAUUAAAUUUAAACCAUUGAGUUUGAUUGAUGCUGCUGCUGUGUCAACACAUGCUGGCAUUUUCCUACAAAGGAUAGAUAGUGUAUGAACAAAAUUUUCAACAAUGAAUCAAAAUAUCGGCUUUGUUACUGUGAA